GCGGCCGGUCGUGAGAAUGGUGCGUUUCAUAAGUGAACAAAGAAAUUUAAUUGUUUUCAAGUUGAAAGUAGAUAAUGUCUUCUGAGCCUACUAAAGUGGAGGUAGAAUACAUUAGUGAGGAUAAAAUCAUAAAGGAAAGUAACGGCGGCCAAUCGCCUCUAGCGCUCCUCGCGGCGACGUGCAGCCGGCUCGGCCCCGCCAACAUGGGGCCCGACCAGCAGGAUAAGGAACAGCAACACUAUAGCCCACAGCAGCAGCAACAAGCACAGCAACAACAACAACAACAGCAGCAACAACAACAACAGCAACAACAACAGCAGCAACAACAGCAACAGCAGCAGCAGCAAGUGCAGCAACAACAACAGGUCCAAGCACAGCUCGUACAACAACAAGUGCAAGGCGAAACUGUCACGCUCGCUGCGAUGCAGCAACACUAUCUGCAGCAACAGCAACAACAGCCGCAACUGAGAGUCAUCAGCACGGCUGUUGUGCAACAGCUCAGAGCGCAAGGGCUGUCGGGCAACGAACUGUCGGCAGCCAUAGUGAAUGCAGCAAGCACAGUGCCUAAUGGCAUCCAGGUUCAACAACCUCAGGUGAUAUCCAUGCAACAGUUACAAACAUUACUAGGCGGUGGAGUGGUCACGAGUUCCGAUGGAACAACAUACCAAAAUACAUCGCAACCGCUGUUACAAAUACAUCCACAAUUACUGCAGCAGCAAGGCAGCGUGUACGGGGGCUGCCUAGUGGGGGGCGUGGGUGGGGUGGGGGGCGUGGCUCCCAUGCAAGCGGUCACUGUGGACGGGCAAGAGGCACUGUUCAUACCGGCACAGCAUGCGCAGAACUUCCAAUCCAUGGGCCAAGUGAGCCUAGUGAACGGGCAGCUAGUCAGAACGCCGGUAUUGCCAGCUGGCUUUUUACAAAAUGUCAUGCAUUUGCCCACAGAGCAACAGGCAACCAUCACUAUACCCGGUACUAACAUAACCAUACCCCUGAGCGGUAUAAACCAGGGUAAUACCAUGGUGAUACCGGGCACGAAUAUCGCGAUACCGUCGGUACAGAUGGUACAAGACAAGAGUAAGGAGCCAAAGUCGCCGGGCGAGCAAGGGGGUGGUGUAGCCGUGCGCGGCGGCAUCGGCGGCGGCGUGGGCGGCAUGGUGCCGGUGCAGGUGCCCGUGCAGGUGCCCGUGAGCAUGGCCAACGGGCACACCGUGUACCAAACCGUGCACGUGCCCGUGCACGCGCCGCACCUGCAGAUCAUCCCGCAGCUGCAGCAGAUGCAAGCUCAACCGCAAGUCGCAAACGUGUUGACUCCAAACGGCCAAAUUCAGCAGAUACAGAUCUCUUCCCUUGGAAAUGUUCAGCAAAAUGGAGGGGCACAAAACGCAGUCAGCGCUUCACAAACGCCAGCAACUAUAACUCUACAGAUGCCGACGCUGGGCGUGGGCGGUCUGGGCGGCGCGGUGCAGCUGGUGCCGGCGGUGGGGCUGCCCGGCGCCGUGCAGCUCGCGCAGAUACCGCAGCAGCAGCCGCAGCAGCAGCAGCAGCAGGUCACCAUUGGCCAACAAAUCCAACAAGACCCGAACGAGCCGGGCAAGUGGCAGGUCGUAACAGUGAGUUCCGGGAAUAAUGGGGGCCAAGGGACGACCCCCAGUGAGUGUGAAGCGAGCAAGCAGCGGGCCAUGAGCCCGAAUGGGGGCAAGCGGUUGGUCAAACGAGUGGCCUGUACGUGCCCCAACUGUGAUCAGGGGGAGAACCGGCUAGUGGACCGCAAGAAGCAGCACGUGUGCCACAUCCCGGGCUGCAACAAGGUGUACGGCAAGACGUCCCACCUGCGGGCUCAUCUCCGCUGGCACUCCGGGGAGAGGCCCUUCCUCUGCAACUGGCUGUUCUGCGGAAAGCGAUUUACCCGUUCCGACGAGCUACAGCGACAUAGACGCACGCACACAGGCGAGAAAAGGUUCGAAUGUCCCGAGUGCAGUAAGCGGUUCAUGCGUUCAGACCAUCUUGCUAAACAUGUGCGGAUACACACUAAGAACAGGAUUACGGAGGUAGCGACAUCCACACAGUCAGUCUAUUCAGACUCGGGCGAUGACAGCUGUGAUGAGAAAAUGAUGCUCACAAUAGAGACCAUACAUUCGGGCAAUGAUGAUGAGAAGCUAGUGAUGAUCCGACCCGGGCCAAAGAUGGAGCCCGACCAUGUGGACAGUUAGGACUCGCCUGACUCCCAGUAGGGAGUUUAUGACAGUGAAUAAGCUAUGAAGUGAUUGCGAAUAUUAAAAAGUGCAUCAAAAGUGACUGCGACAGAAAAUAAGUGUACCAAGUGACAGUUUUAGUGAUGAAUCUUAUGGGCCCAUACAAUUGAAAACAUUGGCCCAACAAAUGAUUGUUGUUUGCCGCCAUUACGGCGAUUAUGAAACAUCUGCAAUGACAACCGAUAAUAGACAUUUAUGGUCUUGCCAGAAAACAAUUUAAACACAGUCUAACUUUAAACCAAGGAUCUGUCACUCUAAUAGUUGUAUAUGUGAAAUACGACGAAACCAGAUUAAAGAGAACCCGCGCUUAAAGUUAAACCCUGUCUAAAGUUUUUUGUGGUAAGACAGUUAGGCUCUACACUAUCGUGAUUGCCUCUACUCGCCCAAUGCUGCCCAUUGUGAAGAGGGCCCAUAAAAGUUAUCUAGAAAAAUAAGUGGAAUUUAUGGCAGCUAUGUGUUGUUUGUGUGUUUGCGCUUAGAUAUUUUUAUUAUCGACGCACAUUUCUGUGUGCUGCAAGGCGCGUGAUUAUAAGUUGUGUGUCCUGUUUUUGAUAUGGAUAAAUCAUGGUAUAUUGAGGUAAAAGGUUACAACUUGAACUUUAAUGCUUCAUUUAGUCAAUUGAAAAUUAUGUAUCACAUAUUUCAGGAAGAAAAUAAUCACUAAGAAUAU